AUGGCCAACUCCAAAGAAACGAUACUAGUGUCCCAGCGUAAUGUGGACAGUCAACACCUGACUGGUGCCCUUACGAAGCCCUGGUCCCGCAGUCUCCAGCGCCGCGAAACGAGCCGCGGAGAAAAGUACCGCCUCUGCCUCUCUUCUCUCCUCCCCUUACCGGGACAGGCAGCCCUGAGCACAGACCUGAGCACAGACCUGAGCACAGACCUGAGCACCGAGCUGAGCACAGACCUGAGCACCGAGCUGAACACAGAACUGAGCACAGACCUGAGCACCGAGCUGAGCACAGACCUGAGCACAGACCUGAGCACCGAGCUGAGCACAGACCUGAGCACAGACCUGAGCACAGACCUGAGCACCGAGCUGAACACAGACCUGAGCACAGACCUGAGCACCGAGCUGAGCACAGACCUGAGCACCGAGCUGAGCACAGACCUGAGCACAGACCUGAGCACAGACCUGAGCACCGAGCUGAGCACAGACCUGAGCACAGACCUGAGCACCGAGCUGAGCACAGACCUGAGCACCGAGCUGAGCACAGACCUGAGCACAGACCUGAGCACAGACCUGAGCACCGAGCUGAGCACAGACCUGAGCACCGAGCUGAGCACAGACCUGAGCACCGAGCUGAGCACAGAGCUGAGCACAGACCUGAGCACAGACCUGAGCACAGACCUGAGCACCGAGCUGAACACAGACCUGAGCACAGACCUGAGCACCGAGCUGAGCACAGACCUGAGCACCGAGCUGAGCACAGACCUGAGCACCGAGCUGAGCACAGACCUGAGCACCGAGCUGAGCACAGACCUGAGCACAGACCUGAGCACCGAGCUGAACACAGAGCUGAGCACCGAGCUGAGCACAGAGCUGAGGACAGACCUGAGCACAGACCUGAGCACAGACCUGAGCACAGACCUGAGCACAGACCUGAGCACCGAGCUGAGCACAGACCUGAGCACAGAGCUGAGCACAGACCUGAGCACAGACCUGAGCACCGAGCUGAACACAGACCUGAGCACAGACCUGAGCACCGAGCUGAGCACCGAGCUGAGCACAGACCUGAGCACAGACCUGAGCACCGAGCUGAACACAGACCUGAGCACAGACCUGAGCACCGAGCUGAACACAGACCUGAGCACCGAGCUGAGCACAGACCUGAGCACAGACCUGAGCACCGAGCUGAACACAGAGCUGAGCACCGAGCUGAGCACAGACCUGAGCACAGAGCUGAGGACAGACCUGAGCACAGAGCUGAGCACCGAGCUGAGCACAGACCUGAGCACCGAGCUGAACACAGACCUGAGCACCGAGCUGAGCACAGACCUGAGCACAGACCUGAGCACCGAGCUGAACACAGAGCUGAGCACCGAGCUGAGCACAGACCUGAGCACAGAGCUGAGGACAGACCUGAGCACAGACCUGAGCACAGAGCUGAGGACAGACCUGAGCACAGACCUGAGCACAGACCUGAGCACAGAGCUGAGGACAGACCUGAGCACAGAGCUGAGCACCGAGCUGAGCACAGACCUGAGCACAGACCUGAGCACAGACCUGAGCACAGACCUGAGCACCGAGCUGAGCACAGACCUGAGCACAGACCUGAGCACAGACCUGAGCACAGACCUGAGGACAGACCUGAGCACAGACCUGAGCACAGACCUGAGCACAGACCUGAGCACAGACCUGAGCACAGACCUGAGCACAGACCUGAGCACAGACCUGAGGACAGACCUGAGCACAGACCUGAGCACAGACCUGAGCACAGACCUGAGCACAGACCUGAGCACAGAGCUGAGCACAGACCUGAGCACAGACCUGAGCACAGACCUGAUCACAGACCUGAGGACAGACCUGAGCACAGACCUGAGCGCUGCUCAAGUCCUUCUCCAUGGACGCCGCGGAGUUAAACACAUAGUGAUAGUCAUGGACCCUGACAGACAGUGCGCCGGCCCAGCGUCUGAAGAGCCACUAACUCAGAGUCGGCCACAAUAA